CUACCAUCGCGCGGAAAUAUUUCGGUGCGUCAGAGAACAGACGAUACAAGUUGCUCCGUUUUCCCUCCCCGCUACUUCCCGGUUGUUGUCUCCUCGUACAGUAGCUUCGCCGGCAGAGUGGAGCAGGAGUAGGAGGAGAAGGAGGAGGCGGCGAAGGAGAGAGAGAGGGGGGGGUCAGACUACUUCCUUUCGCGAUCCCACCGACGUCUGUUCUCCGUUCAGUGCGCGCUUCUCUCUCUCUCCCUCUCUCUCCCCGUUUCAUCCCAUUCCCUUUUUUCUGUAUUUUUUUUACUUCCCCAUCCCUAUGUACAACCUCCGCGUUUCCAGACGAGAUGACUGUCAGAGCGAGCGCACGAGCGCAUCCCACAGGUGUGUCGCUUGCCAACUGAUCUGCAGCUACGAGACACGCACACCUGGAAACUAACCUACCAUGUGACUCGGCACCUGGGCGUGGAGAAAGUCCCGAAAUUCUAAGCAAAGACACUCUUUUGUUGAAGGAGUUGUUCGCGUCGUCUCUCAGCGGGAAUUGACAAUUCGUUUAACCAAGCAGUCCGGGUUUUGUUUUUCUUUUUUCUACUACGGAAUAGUGCCUUUCUGAAGCCCCCCCUCACAGGAGAGGAGAGUAAAAUGUAAACUUGCUUACGGACGUCUUUCCCCUUUUUUGUAUCGUUCAACCAGGAGGGAGGGGGUAGAUUCUUCAGGAUUUGGAGUGUUCGCGUUUGUGCCACUGUCUUCGCUCUCUCUUUUUUCCCCCUUUCAAGAGCCCAGGCCCUUAAUGAAGCUGGGGGUCAGCGGUGGUGUGCGGCUAAUUGGCCAAGUUUGCCCGGGGCUCCGGCAGCCUGUGAUUGAAGUGUCCAGCAAGCACCGACUGUGCAGUCACUGCUGCACCCUACUCUGUUUCGCUUCAACAGCCAAGACAGUCGCUGCACCCCUGUCGGCCUCUCCCUAAGAUGGCAAGCUGGGUCUCCAUCCUCCUCUUCCUCUUCUGGCUGUCAGUCUCUCAAGCCCAAGGGGGGAGUGGAAAAAUCCCCACUGUGGAGUUCGUCUCUGAAACCCUGAUUAACAAUGUGGUCCAGGACCCACAGACUGGUCGCAUCUACCUGGGAGCAGUCAACAAUAUCUUCCAGCUGAGCCCGUCCCUCAAGAAGGAGGCCCGCACUGAGACAGGCCCAAAAAAAGAUGCCAAAACAUGUACACCUCCUGCUUCAGGCUGUCAGGACACAGUGCUCAUGCCCAACAGCAACAAACUUCUGCUGGUCCAUCCAUCCAAUGGUUCACUAAUAGUAUGCGGCAGUCGGUACAAAGGCAUAUGUUCCCUCCUCAACCUGUCUAAUGUAGAACAAGAGCUGUAUUACAAUGACAACAAAGGAGAGAGGACUUACGUGGCUAGCAUAGAGGAUAAUGUGAACGUGGUGAGCGUCAUGUCCAACUACACAAAAAAUGGCCGGACAUUCAAAGUGUUCCUUGUUGGAAAGGGCUAUGGAAGCCUGGACAGUACAAAACUAAUCAGCACACGAAUCCUUGAGGACUACCAGGACUGGGUUGUGUUUGAGAACAUCAUUGAGGCAUCAGCGGUACAGACGGCGCCAUUUGUCCUCAAGUACUUACACGACUUCCGACAUGCCUUCAAAGAGGAUGGUUUUGUGUAUUUCCUCUUUUCUCGGACUCUCGAUGGCACAGAUAACAAAAACUUGACUUUUGUGUCUCGUCUUUGUGAAAAUGACCAACAUUACUAUUCGUACACAGAGCUCCAGUUAACCUGUGGUACAAACAACCGGUACAACAAAGUCCAAGCUGCAUAUGUGGCUUUUCCAGGAAAAGAGCUGGCACGGGUCAUGUCUCAAUCUGGUAAUUAUGGGACGGUCACCUCAUUCACAAAAGUCCUCUUCAUGGUGGCUCAUCCAGAUGAUGACGAAAGCGACUCUGCUCUCUGCAUGUACCCGCUGAACUCCAUCAAUCAGCAGCUGAUGGAUAUCAUCAGUGCAUGCUACAGUGACUCUGGGGAGAUUUCUGGGGUUCCUGCUGUGGACGUACCCUACUCAUCUCAAACCUACACAGCAUGCACUUCAACAAUUUCUAAGGAUGCAUUGGGAAACUUCAAGUGUGGUGCAGAGCAUUUGCUUUCGCCUCUGGCAAGCAAGCCAGCAUUUGGCUUAAAGGCAGAUGCAGUGUUGACCAUGUCGGUCCAUCUGACUGCUGUAACUGUUGCUGUGGAGAAUGACCACACGAUCGCCUUUUUGGGCAGCGCCAACGGAGAGGUCUUCAAGGUACACCUGAGACCAGGUGAAUAUGGCAACGAGCCGUACUCCUAUGUUGGCAACAACAUAGGAGAGAAUGUCAACAAGAACCUUUUCCUUGACCAAAGCCAGAGCCACCUCUACAUUACCACAGAGAAAAGGAUCACCAAGGUGCCAGUGCAGACGUGCCUCGAAAUGAAAGACUGCCAAUCAUGCGUGGGACUGAGGGACCCUUACUGUGGCUGGUGUGUUUUGGAGGGCAGGUGUACCAGGAGGUCUGAGUGCCGACGGGCAGAGGAGAGGAAUGGCUGGUUGUGGAGCCCCAAGCAGCAGUGUGUCAAGAUUGUAUCCUUCUCUCCUUCAAACCUUUCCUGCAGAAAGACCGGCAAGGUGAACAUCAAUAUUCCCUCCCUUCCUACCAUUGGACACUCUGAUCGUCUGCAAUGCAAGAUUGAGUCUUUCCAGAGUAACGGCAUCAUGUCAGACUCUGGUGAGGUCUCCUGUGAUCUGCCCCAGCCUGGGCUUAUACCGAAAACACCCGAGGGCCAAGACUUUGUGGCCGUGGCUAUCAGGAUCUUUGUGAAUGAGACUGUGGAGUUGGCCACGCGGGAAUUCAGGUUCUACAACUGUGCUGCCACAGUGAGGAAAUCUGAAAACACACCGUGCAUGUCAUGUGUAGGCAGUCCGUGGGGAUGUCAGUGGAACACGCAGGACCACACCUGCAGCGAUGCGGACGACAGCGUGGUUGGUUCCCACAUCAUCAAGCACCGUCAGAGAGCAAACUGUCCUCGGUUCGAGAAUCCCGAUCCUGUGCUCAUCCCUGUGGGCUACAAGACUCGAAUCAGCUUUGAAGGCAUAAAUCUGGAAUAUUACCAGGGUCGUCAUUUCACCAUUGGCAGUGAGCUGAUGACAAAGGAAGAAGAUGUCUCGUUUGAGGGGGGGCCAUUCUACACUUUCAGUGGCUUCAAUUUUUUCUAUGAUAAGUCACCGGAGACCAAUGUUCUGUUCUACGUGAAGGACAAGGAGUCUGGCGAGAAGAUGGACAGCACGGUGAACGUCACACUGUACAACUGUGCCGUUGAGAGGAAUGACUGUAGUCUUUGUAAGAACGCCGACCCAAAGUACAAGUGUGUGUGGUGCAGCAAGAAGCAGGCGUGUGUGUAUGAGAAGCUCUGCGAUCCUCUCCCCAGCAACACCGAGUGUCCCGACCCCGAGAUCACCAAUAUCAGCCCUCUUUUCGGCCCCGUGCUGGGAGGCAUCUCCAUCACCAUCAGCGGCUCCAACCUCGGCAUCGAUCAGGGAGACAUUAAAAGCAUCACGGUGGCUGGGAAGCCCUGCAUUCAUGAGCCAGAAAAAUACUCCGUCUCCAAAAGAGUUGUGUGUGAGAUUGGACCUGCUGAUAAAGCUGACUGGGGACAGGUUGAGAUCGAGGUGAAUGGGGGGAAGAGAGGAACCUCCUCUGUUUCCUUCACCUACAGGGACCCGAUGCCUGAGGAGGUGACGCCAAAUAGAGGUCCUAAAGCAGGGGGAACCCUCAUUACAAUCUCUGGAUUAUUUCUGAAUGCUGGCAGUAAGGAAGAUGUCCAGGUUACCAUCGGAGGGGUGAACUGCAGUGUGGAGCACUUUGGAGAAAAUAUCACCUGCAGGACAGGAGAAUACCGCGUGGAUAAAGUGCCCUCUGACCCUCUCGACGUCGUAAUGAAGUAUGGAAAGAGAACCACAAAAAGCAUCCCGACUACCUUUCGGUUUGUUGAAAACCCCACUGUGCAGGAUCACCAGCCCAAAGCAAGCUUUGUCUGUGGAGGGAGGAACAUUGUGGUAACCGGCUCCGGAUUUGACAUAAUCCAGACUGCAAUCAUGAAGGUCCAGGGAGGCAACUGGUCGGCUUCAGAGCCUGCCCAUGAGAAGAAUGACACAGUCAUCCAGUUUCAGUCUCCAACAGUAAACGGCUCCUUAAACCAGCACUUGAAAACAGUCAUCAAGCUGGACAACUGGGAGAAGGAGCUGAAGCCCUUUUACUACCACCCUGACCCCAGCUUCAAUGAUCUACAAAACAAGAUCAUCACUGCGAACAGCAUGAUUGUCGUUACUGGUCGGGGAUUCUCCAAAGCGAUGACAGCUAAAGAAGCACAAGCCUUUGUAGGCGACGUUCAGUGUGUGGUCACGACCCUUCUGGAUGAUAAGCUGUUCCUGGAACCACCUUCCACCACGCCUCGUGCUCAUUCUCGCUCCAAACAUCAGCACAGAGAGACGGGGUCGGAGGAUCUGGCGCUAAUGAUCAAGUUUGGGAAAAAGGAGUGGGUCGACUGGGUGCAAUACGAGAAGAAGAAUGAUUUCCCGCUCUACAUCAUCAUCCCUGCUGUCAUUGUGCCCAUGCUGCUCAUCAUCACUAUCUCUGUCUACUGCUACAGGAGGAAGAGUCAGCAGGCAGAGAGGGAGUAUGAGAAGGUGAAACACCAGCUUGAGAACCUGGAGGAGAGUGUACGAGACCGCUGCAAGAAGGAAUUCACAGACCUAAUGAUUGAGAUGGAGGACCACACCAAUGACCUGAAUGAGGGACGAAUCCCUUUCCUGGACUACAAGACGUACACAGACCGAGUCUUCUUCCUGCCCUCUAAGGACGGUGCCAAUGAUGUGAUGAUCACAGGGAAGCUAGACAUACCAGAGGCUCGCAAGGCCACCGUGAUUCAGUCUCUCAACCAGUUCUCCAACCUCCUGAACUCCAAGACAUUCCUCAUUAAUUUUAUCCGUACCCUGGAGCGCAGUCAUGACUUUAACGCCAGGGCCAAGGUUUACUUUGCCUCCCUGUUAACAGUAGCUCUGCAUGGGAAGCUGGAAUAUUACACCGACAUUAUGAGAACACUGUUGUUGGAGCUGAUGGAGGAAUAUGUCAACAGCAAGAACCCCAAACUAAUGCUGCGCAGGUCGGAGACAGUGGUGGAGCGGAUGCUGUGUAACUGGAUGUCAAUCUGCCUUUACCAGUUUUUGAAGGACUCUGCAGGCGAGCCCUUGUACAAACUGUUCAAAGCCAUCAAGCACCAGAUUGAGAAAGGCCCCGUGGAUGUCAGAGUGAAGAAAGCCAAAUACACCCUCAACGACACAGGCCUGUUGGGUGACGACGUAGAGUACUCUGUCCUGACCUUGCAAGUGCUGGUUCAAGGCGAGGGGCCGGAUGUUACACCCGUCAAGGUGCUGAACUGUGACACCAUCUCGCAGGUGAAAGAGAAGAUCAUUGAGCAGGUGUACAGGAACCUGCCAUACUCCCAGCGGCCCAAAGUCGACAGCGUCACCCUGGAGUGGCGCCCUGGCUCAACAGGGCAGAUUUUGUCGGAUCUGGACUUGACCUCCCAGAAAGAAGGCAGGUGGAAACGCAUCAAUACUCUGGCACACUACAACGUGCGGGAUAACGCCACAUUAGUUUUGUCCAAAGUGCAGCACACGCAACAGAACUAUGACCAGAAUCAGGAAAACCACGAGGAGCGAAAUGCUUUGUUGGAAGAUGAUAAAGUGUUUCACUUGGUGAGGCCAACAGACGAACUGGAUGAGAUCAAAUCUAAACGAGGAAGCAUAAAGGACAAGUCGAUGACCAAAGCCAUUACAGAGAUCUAUCUAACAAGACUCCUUUCCGUAAAGGGAACACUGCAGCAGUUUGUGGAUGACUUCUUCCGCAGCGUGCUGUGCUCUGGGGCAGUGGUCCCACCAGCUGUCAAAUAUUUCUUUGACUUCCUGGAUGAGCAAGCGCUGAAACACAACAAUGUGGAUGAGGAGACUAUCCAUAUCUGGAAGACGAAUAGCCUCCCUCUGCGGUUCUGGGUGAACAUCCUCAAGAAUCCCCACUUCAUCUUUGACGUCCACGUGUCUGAAGUGGUGGACGCCUCGCUCUCUGUCAUCGCCCAGACUUUUAUGGAUGCUUGCACCAAGAGUGAGCACAAACUCAGCCGGGACUCGCCAAGUAACAAACUACUCUAUGCAAAGGAGAUCUCCACCUAUAAGAAGAUGGUAGAUGAUUACUACAAGGGCAUCAGGCAGAUGGUAUCUGUCAGCGACCAGGACAUGAACACUCACUUGGCAGAGGUGUCACGGUCUCACACAGACAAACUGAACACACACGUGGCUCUCCAUCAGCUUUACCAGUACGCCAGCAAAUACUAUGAUGGGAUCAUCGCAUCUCUGGAAGAGGACCCAGCUGCCCAGAGUAAACAGCUAGCCCUGCGGCUCCAGCAGAUAGCAGCCGCCCUGGAAAACAAAGUGACUGAUCUCUAACCCACUAAGUGGAGGGAGGAACCAAGGGAGGGGGGAAUAUCACCAGUGACUACAGGGGCUUAUUUCUUUUUUUUUUCUUUUUUUAGUGAAUAAAUUCCAGAAAUUAGGAAAUGUGAGAAGGGACCGAUGUGGGCGUGUUUAUUGUACAACUUGGCCCUGGGGUAAUUUUCUGUUCUGUGUGGAGUAACAGACUAAUGAAAUGCAGAAAGAGAGGAGACAGGAAGAAAAUGGUGGGUUACACUGUCAUAGGUACGCCUUAAAGCUCACUUGCCAAACCUUAAAGGUCUGCGCACUCAUUCAUGCUUCACUGAAUAUUACUCCCACAAUGCAGUGCGGCAGAACUCUCUCUGAGAUUUAAGCCCCUCUGUGGAGCACUGGCAUAGGAGAUAAUCAGAUGUUCAAUUUCUCUCUGUGUAAAAAAAAAAAAAAAAAAAAAAAAAAAAUGGUUUUAAGAGUUGUAUUAUAUAUUUUUUUUAUCGUGCAGUCUUUAUGCGGAAAGCUUUAUAAGAAAAAAUAUCUUUUUAAAUGGAUCACCUUGUGGUGCGGAUAGUGUUUUUAUUAGCCUGUGUGUGCGUAGAUGCCUGUGUGAAGUACUUGUGGAAAAAACAAAAAAGAGUGUGUGCUGCUGAAUUUAAGUGUGCGUUUGGGUGGAUUGCACAUGUGCGAAUGUGUGAAACUGUGCGUGCACACACGGGAUGCCUACUGUCAGGCGCGAGGGUGACAGGACGCCUGCUUUGUCGUUUUAAUUCCCCCAUACUCAGUAACACACUGGAGCCUGUGCUCUCAAUGAGCUUUAUGACAGAGACCAAAGGGUCCUCAAAAGGACGCUGGUUAAUCUAGCAAUGUACAGGCUCAUAUGAAUGACAGGUCACCAGGCGUUUCAGAAACAUUUGAGUUAUAUUCUUUUUCUUUUGACUCGGAUUUGGUUCUGGCUGGAUUACCUGUUGUGCUUGUGGAAAUCGAUAAUAGCACAGUCUGUCUCCCUUUAUUGUACAGUGCCAUGAAACAUUCCACUUCAACUAAAGCACAGAAGGACAUUUAAUACGUUUUAAAGAUAUUAUAGUUAAAGACUGUGUUUAAGUUUUUUUUCCUUUGCUAUAUUGUUUUAUUUUUAUAUACAUAUAUGUAUCAGCAAGAAGCAACCAUUUUUCCUGCCACAGAUUCGUGUCACUCAUAUUAGCCCUGCAAUAAUGUCAGUAUACCGUGAGCCACAAUCAACAGUUGCAUUUGCUUACUAAAGUAGCAGUUCAGCAAUAUGUUAGAAGACUAUUCAAAUUGUUUUAUGCAUUGCUCAUGUUUAUGAUUUUUGUACCAUAUUUUUAGUAUUACCCGUGUAAUGUUCCAAAUAGUCAUCAAGAAUUCUGCCUCUACAGCUAUGAAAUAGCCUGUCGCUGAUGUUAAUAAUUUAGAUGAGAUUCAGUCGGUACUUAAAUGGCAUGCUCUGAACAAUUAUCGUGGAUUUAGCCUCUGUAUGAUGUCGGGGGAGGGAGGGGGGUGUUUGGUUCAGUCGUGUACAUAAUUGUUAUAUUAAUUGGGUUAUUGAUAUGUCAGUGUCAGAACCGAGGUGUCGCCAGGGUAGGUUGGUUAUUUCUUGGGCCAUUAGACGCCGUCCCUAAAUUGUAGGCCUUGCUGUUGACAGAUGAUUUAAUUGUACUCGCUGUAUCUGAUCAUGGGUGUGUGGAUUUGACGGCGCAUGACACUCUCUACAGCCCCAAGAAUGUUAACGAUUCCUGCCUUCGCUAGAGAGAGGUGUGCACAGACCUCGAGCUUGCCUGCCUGCUGUCUCAGCAUGGCACCCUGGCAUCCCGACCAACAGCACUUGGCACUGCCCACUCAGCGCAGUGCAGAGUGGCACUCUGUAUAAUGGAAUCAGCAGGGGAGGCUUUUGAUCUUAAUUGCAUGCCGACUGCAGGCUCCAUCCUUGUCUCCGGUGUUGUUUACUGCUGAGUCCUUUCUUACUGACAGAGUUGAUGCAAGAAGCUUCUUUCAGAGCCUUUCUUUCACCAAAAAUGUGCCUUAUAUAGGAUAUUACAUAUAUUGUUUCUAAAUUAUUCUACUGGUAACCUAGGUGACUAUGAUGAUGAUAGUGAUAUAGACACAGCAAUGUAUUUGGACUUGUGAUCUUAUGUGUGCUGUCUCAAAUGCUAGAUGCCCUGCUGCAGCCAUUUGCGUGCCAAUAGGCUGAAGAUGUUUCAGUAAGAUUUCUUUUAUGGUUGCAAUUUUGAUGUGUGCAUUUCCUUUGGGUGUCUGUGGUGUGUGCUUAGUAGGACUUUGGUGGGUAAGGCAAAAAAAAAAAAAGAAAAAGAAAAAAAAAAAAGCCAAACUGAUUAAAUGUAAAACAGUGGCCAAUGUGAUUUGGGUUUCCCUUGAAAAUGUCUGGCAUUCCUAAAUUAGUCUGAAGCCAAAAGGUUAUCCUUAUGUAGAUGGAUAUGCGCAAAAUUGUUCCAGUUGUGUUCAUUUUUUGCCCUGUGUUUCUCAGCUAUUCCACAGUGUGUACGAUAAAUGACUAUCUAUACUCGACAAAUGACCUUUCUUACUGCUGUGCAGUUAUUAUUUUUAUUUCUCGUUUCCUAUAUCAUAUAAAUCUUUGUAAAACGCGUUGAAAUACUGUAUUCUAACUGUAUAAUCCUAUGCAUUGAGUCCUGGGACAAAAAUAACAAAAGUGAAAAAAAAAAACCUGUUUGUGCAGUUGUCGAGACUUUUUUUUUCCAUUUUGAAACUUGUGAAUGUGCUGUGAUGAUAAAAGAAACUGGGACGCUCCAUUUUCAGUACAGGACCAUUAACGGAAGCCAACAUUUUCCUUCACAUCCGAGGCAGCUCAGAAGAUUCUUGAUCUUGUACCUGAUCUGGUUGUACUGGAUGAACUUAAUUUUACAAAAGUUGUGUGUGGACGGAGGGUUACAGGUUUCAUCAUACACUCCUCCGUUAAUAAACUCAGAGACAUAU